AUGUUACCGGAAAGGAAGGUUAUGGCAAACGUUUUGUCCACAAUCUCGUCUUUGGCUUUAGCAGAUCCUUCGUUCGAUACACCGAACAAGAUCGAUUUGCUUUUAGGCGCCGAAGUUUAUGGCCAGAUUUUGUUAGAGGGUUUAAUCAGAGGUUCACCUAGUCAACUUAUCGCACAAAAUACAAGGCUAGGUUGGAUCUUAUCUGGUCAAGUAGGUGAAAUCAACCAAAGCGAGACAUGCCAUAAUACCAUCGUCACAUUGCAUUCUACAUCUACUCUCACAGAUGAGAAUACAAUUCUUAAAAAAUUCUGGGAUUUAGAAGCUGAGCCCAAAGGCGUUAACGAUAAGGUCUACUUGACUCCAGAAGAGCAGAAGUGUGAAGAAAUAUUUAAGGGCACGACUAAACGAGAUGAAUCUGGUCGCUAUAUUGUGCACAUGCCCUUCAGGUCAAGCGAUCCUGCUUAUAUAGUACAGGAUAGGGACAAAGAAGGUUCUGUGUACCUACCUCAUCAUGCCGUCAUUCGUAAUGAGAGGAGUACAACCAAGUUGCGCAUCGUGUUUGACGCGUCAUGUGUAGGUAGCAACGGGGUGUCUCUUAAUCACGAUUUAAUGGUGGGUCCUCGUCUACAACCUGAACUUCGUCAUAUUAUCAUGCGGUGGCGUUGCGAAUCUAUCUGUCUAGUCGCAGACAUCAUCAAGAUGUACCGACAGAUUAGGGUUUGCAAUGAUCACACAGAUUUUCAGCGCAUAUUGUGGCGUGAGAAUCCAGAUGUCAAAAUUCAAGUGUUACGUCAUUUGCGAGUAACGUUUGGGACAUCAUCGGCACCUUACCUGGCAGUAAGAUCAUUGCAGCAGCUAGCUCAGGACGAAGGCGCUGAAUUCCCUUUAGCAAAGAACCGUGUUCUUUCAGACUUCUACAUGGAUGACCUUAUGACGGGCUGUCAAACUAUAGAGGAAGGAGUCGAAACAUAUAAGCAGAUAUCUGAAAUGCUUAAACGUGGAGGUUUUCAGCUUCAAAAGUGGGCUAGUAAUAACAAAGUAUUAUUAAAAUUAAUUGAAGACGGUCAACAAAUAUCACAAACACAAGGGAACAUGGAAUUAAAGACAGAUGCAAUUUCCAAAAUAUUAGGGUUAUCUUGGGAUAAAGACAAUGACGAGUUCGCUUAUACUAUCCAACUUAAUGAACUAGAUUUACCAGUUACGAAGCGUAAGGUUAUUUCGGACAUAGCGCGACUAUUCGAUCCCCUUGGAUGGUUGGCACCGAUAAUCAUCACAGCGAAGGUGUUCAUUCAACGAAUAUGGAUGACUGGGAUCGAAUGGGAUGCAGAACUACCUGCACAUUUGCUGAAAGAAUGGCUUGACUUUCGCAAGAACCUUUCUAACCUUAUUAAGUUUCGGCUGCCUCGUUGGAUCAACUCUAGCAAAGAAAACCAGGUUGUAGCGCCGCGUAUACGCCGCGGUGGUAUAUGUUCGCAUUAUUGA